AAGUAUUGCUGCGGGAAAGGUCCUUUUAAUUACCAGUGCAAAGACGACUGUGAAGGCAUCGCAUGCGACAGUGAUGACGACUGUGGAAGUGGCUGUUGCCGAGAUUAUCAAUGUGGAGAUUGUCCGUUAUCCAUAACCAUCAUAGCAAUUAUCGUAGGAUGUGCCGUGGUUUUCCUUAUAAUUAUCAUUGUCGCUGCUAUAUGUUGUUGCCAAAGUCAAAGUCAACCAAGGCAGGUCGUAGUUGGACGCUGGGCUGAACUACACAACGCAAAUAAUCUGAGAGUGGCCAACCCUGCAGUUAACGUG